CAUGGCGGGCAACGAAGUUCCGUUCACUGGUUCUUUAACUUCACAAGGAACUAUGCAGCAAACUCUACCUCUACAGAAUGCCCCUAAAUCUGAUGUAUCCGAUAAACAAACACUUUUGGCAGUUUUACAGUUUUUAAAGAAAAAUAAUUUAAAGGGAACAGAAGAGCUGUUAAAGAGAGAAGCUUCGAUUAAAGAUGAUGAUGUACGUCCACAAACAACCUCACAAUCAGAAACUGAUGUUUCACAUGCUUUGGCAGCUUACAAAAGUGCUGAUGACCCUAGCCGCUUUGCAGACUAUUACACAGAUCUGAAAACAUUCAUAGAAUCCUGCUUAGAUGCACAUAAGGUGGAACUCUCAAUGAUUCUGUAUCCCGUGUUCAUCCACAUGUACCUUGAGAUGGUAUACAAUGAACAUGAAUCUUAUGCUAUUCUGUUCUUCCGGAGAUUUUCUAAGGAGCAAGAGGACUUCUACCAGGAAGACUUAAGGAAGUUAUCCACAGUAACAAAAAAAGAACACAUGAAAGGAAACGAGCUCAUGGAAAGCUUUAAAGCUAGCAAAUUUGUAAUGAAGAUGUCCAGAGAUUCCUACAACCACCUGAAGAGAUACCUACAGGAAAAUAAAAUGAAGCCAUUGUUAAACAUCAUCCAAGAACAUCUAUUCAUUGAUGUAUUUGAUGGAGUACCCAGAACAAAACAACAGAUUGAGGCCACAAGUGGAGCAAUGUUAGGAGAGAGUGAAAGAGAUGCCAAUAAAGUGAAGGUAUUUUAUGGUCUUCUGAAGGAGCCGGACAUUAACAUGCCAAUAGAAGAUGAUGAUGAACCGACAGAAGGAGAUGACAAACCAAAGAAAAAGAAGCCAAAGAAAGACCCCCUUAUGAUGAAGAAGUCCAAGAAUGAUCCUCAUGCUCCGGCACUCAACAGAAUUCCACUUCCUGAACAGAAAGACCAGGAUAAGAUGGAGAGAAUUAUUGCCUACCGGGAGGCCCUGAAGAGAGUGAAGGUCGGCCGAGACAAUCUCCCUACAAUAUGUUUCUACACACUUCUCAAUACUUACCAAGGGGUCACCUCCAUUGACAUAUCAGAGGACUCCAGCUUACUUUGUGUAGGAUUUGCCGAUUCCACCAUUAGAGUUUUCACCAUCUCUGGCCAAAAACUCAGGGGUAUGAAGACCGCAGCCGAGCUAGAUAGCAUAGACAGGGAUGCAGAUGAUGUAUUGGAGAGAAUGAUGGAUGACAGAACAGCCUCGGACUACAAACUCCUAACAGGUCACAGCGGACCCGUGUACGCCGCUCGAUUUAGCCGGGACAGGAAGUACCUGGUGUCAUGUUCAGAAGACGGCACAGUGAGGCUGUGGAGUUUGCUGACAUGGACAAACUUGGUUUGUUACAAGGGACAUAACCACCCAGUCUGGGAUGUAGAAUUUAGUCCGUACGGUCACUAUUUUGUAUCAGUUGGACAUGACAGGACAGCCAGACUGUGGGCUACUGACCACCACGUACCAAUCAGGAUAUUCUCAGGACAUCUCUCAGACAUGGAUUGUGUGAAGUUUCAUCCCAAUUCCAAUUACAUUGCCACAGGAUCCAAUGACCGUUUUAUAAGACUCUGGGACAUUCUUAAUGGGAACUGUGUCAGGGUGUUCACAGGGCAUAAAGGGUCAGUACAAACACUUUGUUUUUCACCAGAAGGAAGGUUUUUAGCCUCUUCAGGUGUGGACUGUAUAGUAUUGUUAUGGGAUAUUGCCACUGGGGGACUGCUGGCUCAGAUGAAAGGACAUACAGAAACUGUGUACACUCUGUGCUUCAGUCGAGAUGGAGGGGUUCUAGCAUCAGGUGGUUUAGACAACAGUGUUAAGUUGUGGGACGUACUGAAAGUGUUACAAGAGGUGGACACUGAAGCAGACACCAGCAUUCCAAGUUCUGUCCAUGUGAAUGACAGUCCAGGACUUUUGAUUGGUUCUUGGCCAACAAAAGCCACUCCUGUUCUCUGUGUUCACUUCACUCGCAAGAACCUGAUGAUAGCCAGUGGUCCAGCCGCUUUGAUGGAGGACAAGUCACCCCACAAAACUUGAAAUUCUUUUAAAAAUUUUGGGGCCAUUUUCUAACAGAAACAAUGUUGUAAACUGAAAAUGAAGUCUGUGGCAUGCCGUAUGCCAUCUCAAACAAGCUGUGUGAAACAUAACUGGAAAAUUGAUAACAGAUGACUGUUGCAAUGUAGACAGAUACUUUGAAAAAAAAGUUGGAUGCAGGAAACCUGUUUACACGGUUUCAGGAAUGCAAGGAGGAAGUGUUGUAACUGAAAUAGUGCUAUGAACCUACAAAGUGUUCAAACAUUUAUAAUACACUGUACAUGUAUGUUUAUACAUUUUCAUGUAGGAGCUGUUAUGCCUGGGUUUAAUUAAUCCAUAUUGUUGCUGGCAAUGAUUGUCGUUGGUACUGUGUAUUUUAAAAACUAUGAAGACCAUGCGGAAUAAACCAUA